GAGGGCUCAUUCGCAGCAGUGCUUAGAAGGAACCCUUCAUACACGUUCCCGAGGCAGCUUCCCCGACAGCCGUAGGCGCCUUACGCAAUUCCACAAUGUCCGGCCGGGCCCCAGCAGGAAAGGCAUCUAAGAACACCAAGGGCAAGUCUCGGUCCUCGAGGGCGGGCCUCCAGUUCCCUGUGGGGCGUAUCCACCGGCUGCUGAGCAAAGGGAACUACGCCGACCGAAUUGGUGCCGGCGCCCCGGUCUACAUGGCCGCUGUUCUCGAAUACCUGACGGCCGAGGUUCUCGAGCUGGCGGGUAACGCGGCACGCGACAACCACAAGACGCGCAUCACUCCGCGACACUUGCAGCUGGCCGUCCGUAACGACGAGGAGCUGAGCAAGCUUCUGUCGGGCGUCACCAUCUCGGAGGGCGGCGUGCUUCCCAACAUCCCGCAGGAGCUGCUGCCGAAGAAGACCGGCGCCAGUCAACCACCGCAGGGCAGCCACAAAGGCAGCGACGGGCCCGGUGGAAGUCAGUCAUACUGACCAGGCUAGUCUGAGAUGCUCCGUUCAACGGUAGCAGAGUUGAAAAUAAAUUAUUUGUGUUAUGGAA